GCAGAGAGUGAUGAUUAUUUUGAUGAUAAGAAACGUCAAGCGAGGCAUGAUGAUGUCUUCGCAAAUAGUGAUGAACGAUGUUUUGUUCGAAGUUCUUUGAAUGCAGUUGCAUUCGUAGGUCGCAUUCACAUCUAAAUUCAACAUUAAACAUGAAUCUGAAAGCUGACCUUCAGAUAAAGCUAGAGAAAACGAUUCAGCUAUUAAAGCUUGCGUAUGCCACAUACAAACCUGAGGAAAUAUUUCUUUCCUUCAAUGGAGGGAAAGAUUGCACUGUUUUACUGGACAUCAUUAUGAAAAUGCUCCCUACAAUAGUAUCCUGUAAUGACCUACAAUGCGUCUACAUGCAACCAAAGGAACCGUUUGAAGAAGUCGAAGAAUUCAUCGAUCACUGCAGAAAACACUAUGGCAUAAAAAUCCGAGCAAUUAGAGGUAGUAUCAAAAGUAUAUUGGAAAAAAUAUGUAGCGAAAAUCGUGAAAUCAAGGCGUGCCUCAUGGGAUCCCGAAGAACCGACCCAUAUUGCGGAAAUCUAAAAUUAAUGCAGGAAACAGACCCAGGGUGGCCGAAGAUGAUGCGAAUAAGUCCAUUGUUGGAUUGGAAUUGUUCUGAUAUUUGGGAAUACAUUCUGCAAAACGAAGUACCCUACUGCAGUUUGUACGAUAGAGGGUACACGUCAAUCGGAGAUAAAACCAACACUAUUCCAAAUCCGAAUUUGAAGCGUACGGGAAAGGCAGGAGAACUGAUUUAUAUACCGGCCUAUCACUUGCACGAUGCUGACAAGUUCGAACGAGCGGGAAGGUUGUAAUGGCCGGAAUAACCGGGUGGCAUAUGACCUUAUGUUGGAAAAUAUCUGCGAUACUGUAGUUUUAUAUGUUUAGACGUUUAGACUACAUGACGCUAAGAUUGGUGCUUAUAAUAAAUUAAAUGUUGAUGAAUUUUACGUGGAACGUAAUAAAUACAUUCAAAUCGGUCUACAA